AUGGCGAAUGCGGUAGAUGCCAAGACUCUGGACGAAAGCACUCUGCUAGAGAUAUACGGCAAGAUGGUGCUCUCACGCACGCUGGACGAGCGCAUCUGGAUGCUGAAUCGCCAGGGCAAGGCGGCUAUCAUGGCGUCCUCGCAAGGUCACGAGGCGGCGCAGAUUGGCAGCGUGUACGCCCUGCGGCGCGGCACGGACCAGUUCUAUAUCUACUACCGCGACCUUGCCGUGAUGCUGACACUGGGCAUGACGCCGCGCGAAAUCAUGCUGGGCUUCACCGCGAAGGUGGGCGAGCCGCUGAGCGGCGCUAGGCAGUUUCCCACGCACGGCGCGUAUCCUGAGCUUGGGCUCAUCAACCUGUCGAAUGUAAUCGCCACUCAGUUGCCGCAGGCAGUAGGAGCGGCGCUCGCGAUUCGGAUGCGGCGCGAGGACGGGAUUGUCAUCGCUUACUUCGGCGACGGCGCAUCGAGCUUCGGCGACACGCAUGAGGCGAUGAACUUCGCGGCAAUACACCGCUUGCCCGUGAUAUUCAUGUGCGAGAACAACAAGUACGCAACAUCGGUGCCGCAGCAUCGCCAGAUGGCUGUGGACAGCGUGGCAAGCCGCGCGGAGGGCUACGGGAUGCCCGGCAUUUCGAUUGACGGCUGCGAUGUGAUUGCGGUCUUUGAGGCGGUGUCGGAGGCAGCGUCCCGCGCGCGCAACGGCGGUGGCCCCACGCUCAUCGAGGCGCAGGUAGAGCGCUACUUGCCGCACACCAGCGACGACGACGACACCCGCUAUCGACCGCGCGAAGAAAUCGAAGAGGCGCGGCUGCGCGAUCCGCUCAAGCUCUUCGGAGAACGACUGAUGGCAAUGGGCAUUCUCGACAACGCCGCCAGCGAGCACAUCUAUUCCGAGGCGCGCGCGGAAGUGAACGCAGUAACCGACUAUCGUUGA